GUUUUUUUAUUCGCGGUACAGCUAACAGACUGAGGUGUCGCGAAUCUGGAGUUAUGAGUGGAAAGUGGUGUCUUUUAUUCGCGGUACAGCAAGCUAACUGAGGUGUCGUGGAUUUGGAGUUACAGUGAAAAUUGGUGUCUUUUCUUCGCGGUACAGCGAAUAGAACGAGGUGUCGCAUAUGGAGUUAUAGUAAAAAGUAGUGUCUUUUAUUUGCAGUACAGCGAACAGACCGAGAGGUUGUGAAUCUGGAGAUACUGUGGAAAGUGUGGUUUUUUUUUCUUUUCUUUUUUUAUUCGCGAUACAGCGAGCCGACCAGGUGUUGUGAAUCGGGAGAUACAGGGGAAAGAGUGUGUGUUUCCUUUCUAUAUUUUAUUAGCGAUACAGCGAACUGACCAUAGGUGUUGUGAAUCGGGAGUAACCGUGAAAAGUGAUGUCUUUUUUCCUAUUAUUAAGCAAAAUCAAAACGGAGAUAUCAAAAGUGUUGAUAUGACCGGACAAGUGGAAUUAUUCGGCGUUAUAUCGCGGUGUGACACUGUAGUGAAUAACGACAGUCAUUAUAUCAAGGUUUGACGCUAUAUCUUGAUGACAGAAGGAUUGAUGCCAGAUUCUAAUCCACUAGAAAUGGGCAAUGAACUACAAACAUACAAUGAGUCUUCUGACCAAAACCUCUCGUUGUUUUCAAAACUGAUCUGUAGAUAAUUUCCAUUUUUCCUCAUCCCGUGUUAGACUUAACAACCAUAUUAUAUGUUUCCCUUCCGUCUUGGACCACGUAUUACCUACAUACCUGUAUAUAGAUAUAUAAAUCCUGUACCGGACAACCUAGCAAAGAUAUACCUUACAUGAUAAUAUCACUGAUUUUACUUCAAGUACUGCACCUAUAUAUCAUUUGAUAACUUAAACAAACAUGUAUCGUGUUCAUCGUUUGAAGUAUCUGUGAUAUACUGAAAAUGAGGAUCUACAAACAUAUUAGUGUCUAUUUUUGUAUAAUAGUGUCCGUGCAUGCGCUGACAGUGAUCUGGAUGGCUCCGCGAGUGUCACCCCAUUCUAACCUACAGGUCAAUGCGUCUACGUCUCUAGGAGCUCUCGCCCUAGCCAUAGAGACGGUUUAUAACGAGUCCAUACUGCCCACUGGAACACUCAAUGUCAUCUGGCUCGACUCCGCCUGUAGCAGUAAACAGAGUAUCGGUGUCCUCACUGACUUCAUCUUUAACUCGUCUGUAGACGUGAUUGUUGGCCCACCAUGUACUCAAGCGAUGAUCCCCAUCGCCCAGCUCGCGUCCUAUCGGGACAUCGCAGUGUUCCAGUGGCUGGGAAACGAAGAAUCUCUGGAUGACAAGACAGAACUAGAUACUCUGAUAAUGAGUAUACCGCCACUGUCAGCUUUAGGUAUGUACCCCGCUAUGCCGCCACUGUCAGCUUUAGGUAUGUACCCCGCUAUACCGCCACUCUCAGCUUUAGGUAUGUACCCCGCUAUACCGCCACUCUCAGCUUUAGAUAUGUACCUCGCCAUACCGCCACUCUCACUUUAG